AUGAGCUCGUCCUCGGCGUGGAAAUUCGCGCACCAGAUCUUCAACAGACAAAACCUCAAGUAUGUGUUCACGACACAUUUCUGGGGCCCCGUGUCGAACUUCGGGCUUCCCAUCGCGGCUGUCAUGGAUAUCAGAAACAAGUCUCCAGAGGUGAUCAGCGGACCAAUGACCGGUUCGCUGAUUGUUUACUCUUUGGUGUUUAUGCGCUACGCGCUCGCCGUCAGACCAGCCAAUUACUUGCUUUUUGUGUGCCAUUUGCUCAACGAGGGAGCCCAAAUCGGCCAGGGAGUCAGGUAUAUCAAGUAUCACUAUGGCGACAAGGUGCAGAAAUAG